CUCCCUGAAAUCCCCUUUAAACUACAACUACUACUACUAUAACGGGAGUACAAACUUUUCCACAGAUGAAUUGAAUUAUUUAAUACGGUGUAUAGAUUGAGCGGGAACACGGUAGGGAAGCAAGCAGAGUAGAUCAGAAAAGGUCAUACGAACAACUACCAUCAGGUCUUAUAGGAAUUAUAAUUGGAUUUGUUGCUACGAAAACCAAGCACCAACGCUCCCCUUUUUCUCUCUCCUAGGGGAAGGAAUUAAAAUCGAUAAUAGACAGGAUUCACUAUAUUACACAGGACGAUACACACACAGUGAUCGACAGAACGUGGUUUUGUUCCCAGCAAAAAGGAAUAGAACCACACAAGCGGAAACAGUUGUAUAGCGUACACGCAAACAUCCUUUUGGAACACAGUUUGGACCGCAAUAAGGGCGGCUCUUGACCAUCACUCCACCCUCCAUCCCCCUCCCUACAAGAAGAAGAAGAAGAAGAAGAAGAGAAGAAGCAAAAACAAAACCUGAUGAAGAAUUGUAUUAUUUUCACGCUCGUUGUUUAUCGUUGUCUUUUGUAAGGGAUUAUUUACUUAGAUGAGGAAUUAUUUUUGAUACUUUGCGAGACAGCGAGCAGAGAGCCCUUUCCCCCUCGGUACAUUUAAAUAGUAAAAUGAGGAGGGAGGGGAUGAGAGGAGAGGAUACAAAACAAAAACAUGGGCACCAUCGUUGGAACAAACGAAGAAAAAGGAAGCGGAAAAGAAGUGGUGAGAUAAAAAAAAGAACUAGAAACAUAUAAUGAACUGAUUUAUAAGAUAAAAACUAAAUAAAACAGUGCAACACAAAACAAACCAUAAACCGAUUGAAUCGAGUGUCAGUGAGAAACGAAGAUCAUGGUAACCAUGGUGCGCCGUUGCCAACGGUAACCAGGCGAGAAGAAGUGUGCGUUUUCGUUUCAGCUUUACCAUUGCUGUUUGCAGGCCGCUCAGAUAGCACACAGCCUUUCCGAGCCGAUAGACGUACAGUUAAGAACGAUGGCUUCAAAUGUUUCAAAUACAUCUCCUGCAGCAAACCAACUCGUCUGCCCGUAUCAUCCUGCUGCGGCAUUGGUCGACGACUACCAUACCGGCGACAUGAUAUGCUCCGACUGUGGCCUUAUCGUCGGUGACCGUAUGAUCGAUCCGUCCAGCGAGUGGCGCACGUUUAGCGAUGACCCAAGCCGGCCGGAUCCAUCCCGUGUCGGUAGCACCGAUCCAGUACUACAAAAUCUGGCCACGUUUAUACAACCUUCUGCCAACGGCUUUGAGCCGCCCAACCAUUUCUCCUUCCUCAAAAUGGACACCACAACGCGCAAGCUAAUGUUCGGCUUCGCCAUGAUCGCCACCAUGGCGGAACGCAUCAAUGCACCGGCGUCGAUCGUGAGCCAUGCUAAAACCAUCUUCAAGCAAGCGCUGGAACCGGCCGCGCUAACCCAUCGGUCGUUAGAAGCAGUGUCUGUAGCCUGUCUGUACAUCGCUUGCCGGCAGGAAGGUGUGCCGCGUACCUUCAAGGAGAUGUGCGCGGUUUGCUCGGCCAGCAAGAAGGAGAUUGGGCGCUGCUUUAAGCUAAUCACCAAGGUGCUGGCUACAUCGCUGGAUCACAUCACGUCGGAAGAUUUUAUGCAGCGCUUCUGUUCGAAGCUGUGUAAGUAUCGCACGCGAAGGACAUCUUUUUACGUCUCUUUUCUACUUUCGCCUAUUUGUGUUUGUGCAGUUCUUCCGCACGAAGUGCAAAAGGCAGCGACGCACAUUGCGCAGAAAGCGUUCGAAGCGGACCUCGUGCCGGAUCGGUCGCCCAUCUCGGUGGCGGCUGCCGCCAUCUUCAUGGCCUCCCAGGUGUCCGCUACGGCGAUGAGCCUGAAGGCGGUCGCAGCGAUUGCCGGUGUCGCUGAGCUGACGAUCAAGCAGUCGUACAAGCUGAUGCACCCGCACGCUUGGGAGUUGUUUCCGAGGACGCACCUGUUCUACAAGCACAUCGGCAUGUUGCCAAGCUGGAAGUGUUUGGUUUAGGAUAAUCAUUUCAUGGUGAGUAACGGCCAUUCACAGUGAUUUAGUGUUUAGGUUGUAUUAAAUAAUUUAUUUUCAUACAUUAGGUUCAGUUAUCCAUACUGUUUUCCUCGCACCUUUUAUCUCUUUCUCUCUUGCUCUGUCUUUCCUUCUCUCUGGUAUGCCAUCCUUGAAUAGAAAUAUUAGUGUUUAGAGCUGUUUUGUUUGUACAACAUAUCAUGACAAGUACUUGGUUUCCAUAACUAUCUGUAUAUAUAAUACUUUUCGGUUACAUACCACCCCAGUGGGCAGAGUCCCACUUACCCUCCCCCGGUCGAUCACCUUCGUACCUCUUACACGCUCACGUUUCUAUUUAGUUUUAGUUAAACAACUCAAAAUUCCUUCUUUUUUGGGAACUUUUUCCUCCCAAAAACAUUCCUCUCCCAUCGCUCAACAUUCCAGUCUGCACCAUUUAGUUGGAAGUAUUAGGUAAUAUGCUGCAUUUCUUCUUCUUCUUUUAUGUGGCUAGUUCUUGCGCAAGAGAUUCGACUCCUUUUCGCUCGUUAUUUUCCCCCUACAACUAGUUUAUUUACUUAAAAUUUAUUAUCAAACCAGUUUGAAGGAGUUAUUUCUUUGAUAGACACGAUCAUCAUCCCCAUUUCCCAUUGCAUGCAUGCAACCACACUCGGUGUGUUACAGUUUGAUCGAGGUCCGGGACCCGUGGGCGUUGGCAUCCCAUCCUCAAUCGAGAUAUCAUUUACGGCGGUUACAUCAGAGUGUUGAUUCUAUGGUUUCAGUUUGGAUUGUUUUCCGUCGUAAUUAAAGAAGGGUGUACCGAUCUCGCCAUAUUGUCCAACUUGUUAUCCUGCUCGGGGUAUGCUUUACAUGUAUUACAAUGCAUUAUUCAUCCUAGAAAUAGACAAACCGUACAGGUGCUGCUUACAAAACCGAACUCACUUGUGUUAUUGUAACAACCGUACUAAUAUACAACAAAAAAAGUAGAUAAAGGUAUUAUUAAUCUCUUUUCUAUCUCGUGCCGAUCGAUCGCUCCUAAACACCUGAGGAUGUAAAUGUAAAGUUUGGAACUCGCAUAGCUAUCGGUUAGCUUUACGUCUACUGCCUUAGAGGGGGUUGAUAAACGUUCACGGCGGUUUCAUAAACCAUCAGUGUGCGUGAAGUAGAAGGGUGGUCGUCUAGAAGGGGAAGUAACUUGUCGCUUGCCACGCCUGAUGAUACUACGAUUGUGUGUAUUGCUUUUUUUUUAAUUUCGCGUCACGUAAAGAGAUUGGCUCCUUUACUCCUGCUACUAAACUUGCACCAACCUGGUAGGUAGAUUAUCGUGUAAGUUAUGCGGUUCACUCUACCAGUGCUCAUAUACAUUUGAUUCUGCUCCGUCUGAUCAUAACUUCAAUGCUCACAAAAUGUAAUAAUUUUAGGUUUAUUUGUUUUUAGAAAAUCGUUAUUCACUUUCCCUAAAAUACGAUACGUUAUUUCUUCUGUCAAUCGUGUCGAGCCGGGUGUAUGGCGUGUGUGUGUCUUAGAAAACGUGUUGCGCACAGUUACAAAUCCACUUACAUUUUCUAUCUCGUCUUCCGCCUCCUUCGUCCCGAAACAAUAUCCGUAAUGAAAACCAAUCCACACGCAUGCUUACGUUUCGUUUGCUUCGUUUAAUAAUCAUUUUUUUUGUAUAGUAUUACGCGUUUGGUAUAUUUUGACUAGAUUUUACACACCUUACCCUAAUCUCUAAGAUCUCUCUUUUCACGCGUGCUUGUGCUCUCCAAAGCGAUCCAUCGUUUUUGUUUUCUGCUGUUACUGCUAUUAACCCUAACCACAACUUCGAUUCGAUAUAAACUUCUCCUAGUUUGAGUUACGGCUUUAGAGUUUCUGUUUUUUUAUUUGGCUGUCUGUGUUUAGGUUGUUGCUCUAGCAAAAGUGGAUCGCGUUUCGUUGCUCCAUUCGGCAGUACUGGUUUUGCGUGGAUUUGAUGUAACUUGCAAUGAAAUAGCGCUUCGUUUCGAAGAUUUGGAAUUGGUCAUUUGCAAAAAACUAACGGUGUGUGUUGCUCUAUUUUACUCGCCUUUUGCGUCCAAACCUCUACACCGAUUAAUCGCUUUUGUUUUUUUU